AUGCAGCAGUCACGCACACGAGCUGUAAAUGCUCUCAAGGGCAACCGCAACUUUUCCACCUCCACACAGCGACUCGCCGUCUCACCCUUCCGCAGACCCGCGCAGGCCGUCUCGAGUAAAAUCACCCAGGAAGAUGCGAAGCGACCUCAAAGCACCCAGGCGGCGGCGGCCUCACAAACACAACCGCGCUCAAGACCGUCGCCUGCCUUCAACCGUGAGGACCACAAGGAUGUCCAGCCGCUGAAGCCGUACCGCUCGCCUGCAAUGGACCACUCGUUUGUUGGCAUGACCGGUGGAGAGAUCUUCCACGAGAUGAUGCUCCGCCAGGGCGUCAAGCACAUCUUCGGCUACCCUGGUGGUGCGAUUCUUCCCGUCUUCGAUGCGAUCUACCAGUCAAAACACUUCGACUUCAUUCUGCCGCGCCAUGAACAGGGCGCCGGCCACAUGGCAGAGGGUUACGCCCGCGCGAGUGGAAAGCCCGGUGUUGUGCUCGUUACCUCUGGACCCGGUGCCACCAACGUCGUCACACCCAUGCAGGAUGCGCUGAUGGACGGAACACCCCUGGUUGUCUUCUGCGGUCAGGUCGUUACCAGCGCAAUUGGCUCCGAUGCUUUCCAGGAAGCUGACAUGGUCGGCAUUACAAGGCCGUGCACAAAGUGGAAUGUCCUCGUCAAGAACGUUGCGGAACUCCCGCGGAGAAUCAACGAGGCUUUCGAGAUUGCGACAAGUGGACGACCGGGACCUGUUCUCGUUGACUUGCCCAAGGAUGUUACUGCCAGUGUUCUCCAAAGAGCUAUUCCCAUGAGCAGCACCCUCCCCACCACUGUCAGCGCUGCGACCAUCGCCGCGCGCGAGCUUAGCAAGCAGCAGCUGGACCACUCUAUCCGCCGCUCUGCCGACUUGAUCAACAUGGCGAAGAAGCCCGUCAUCUACGCUGGACAGGGUAUCCUCCAGACAGAGAACGGACCCCAGCUCUUGAAGGAGCUCUCCGACAAGGUCAACAUUCCCGUAACCACCACUCUGCAAGGUCUGGGAGGAUACGACGAGCUUGAGCCCAAGUCCCUCCACAUGCUCGGUAUGCACGGCUCGGCCUACGCCAACAUGGCCAUGCAGGAAGCCGAUUUGAUUCUCGCUCUUGGUGCUCGCUUCGAUGACCGUAUCACUGGGGCCAUCUCCAAGUUCGCGCCAGCGGCAAAGGCAGCAGCGGCUGAGGGUCGUGGUGGUAUUAUCCACUUCGAGAUCAUGCCCAAGAACAUCAACAAGGUCGUGCAAGCGACCGAGGCUGUCGAGGGUGAUCUCGGCACGAACCUGAAGCAGCUCCUACCCCUCGUCAACGAGGUUCCCGAGAGACCGGAGUGGCUCGGACAGAUCGCCGCCUGGAAAGAGCGUUUCCCAUGGGCCUACGAGAAGGAGGGCGAGAACGGCCUCAUCAAGCCACAGACCGUCAUGGAGAAGCUCUCUGAUCUCACAGCCCAUCGCAAGGAGGAGACCAUUCUCACCACCGGUGUCGGCCAACAUCAAAUGUGGUGCGCCCAGCACUACCGCUGGCGAUACCCACGCACCAUGAUCACAUCCGGUGGUCUAGGAACCAUGGGCUACGGUCUCCCCGCCGCCAUCGGCGCCAAGGUCGCGCGCCCAGAAUGCACCGUCAUCGACAUUGACGGCGACUCCUCCUUCAGCAUGACCCUGACAGAACUCUCAACUGCCGCCGAGUUCAACAUUGGCGUCAAGAUCAUCAUUCUCAACAAUGAGGAGCAGGGCAUGGUCACACAAUGGCAAACCCUCUUCUACACCGACCGCUUCGCACAUACCCAUCAGCGCAACGCUGAUUUCGUCAAGCUCGGUGAUGCCAUGGGUGUUCAGGCUAAGCGCUGCAUCAAGCCUGAGGAGCUCGAGGACAGCCUCAAGUGGCUGUUGGAGAGCGAUGGCCCAGCUCUGCUGGAGGUUGUUACUGAUCAGAAGGUGCCUGUACUGCCUAUGGUGCCGGCCGGAAGUGCGCUGCACGAGUUUAUGAUUUACGACGAGAAAACUAUCAAGGACCGCAGAAAGCAAACUAAGGAGCGAUCGGGUCGUUAA